UAAGAACAAUGAAACGAUGACUUUACCUGCUCGCAUCGACUCUUUUCAUACACAUAAUUUGUUUUUGGGAUCAUUUUCUGAAAAGAGGAUCAAAAACAAACAAUAAGGAGAAAAUAAAGCAAAGUAAGCAGAUGAAAUUGACUGAAUAUUACUUAUUUUAUUUUAUUUUGUUGGCAUUGUAGUAUAUUAAGAUGAUAAAUAAAUAAAAAUAUGAUGAGGUGAAGUCAUUGUUUCAUUCAUUUUAAUUUUUUUUUUAAGUAAAGUAAGUACUGGUGCAUGAAGCCUGAUAGAAGUUAAUAUAAAUUUAAAAGUACAAAUCCAAACAAAAAAAAUUACAGAAUUAUUUAUGGCAUUAACAGGUGCAAUAUUUAUACAAUACAGAUGCUUAUUUUUUAUAUGUAAUUUAUCUGUAAUUAUAAUUGAAUUCAAUUGAAAUGAUCAUUUCAAUCUUUAUGCAAACAAACCCAGUUCCAAAAACAUAUAAAAACAAUAAUAAUAAAAUAAAAUGAAAAUCAAAUAUUCAUCUAUUUUACUCAUGGAUCUGAGCAGCUUUAAGACCCAGAGCAGAGCGGCUGUCAGCAGCAUUGUGGUGUGUGCGCUGUUCUGUGUGCGGUGUCGGUGUGCGGGUCAGAACAGCUCCGGGUCAUCAUGAGGAGGCCUGAACAGACCGGAGCAGUCUGAGCUCUCCUGUCAGCACGAAGCGAACAUGGCGCGUCUUUAAAGCACAAACUGAGCGUGAAGGAGCCUGAAGAUCAGCCGCACGCACUAGUUACCUGUGAGCCUCACUGACAGGGUAAGGAAGCCCACGAGGGUCAGUUCUUCCACAGCCUGGCCAGGAUGUUGCAGCUGUGUAAAGUCACCAACGCUCUGUUCAUCAGUAACGCCCGCUCAGCCUGCAGCGACGAGCUCAUCCAGCAGGAGGCGGUGACGCUCUGCAUCAACGUGUCCAAGCAGCAGCCGUUUCCCUCCAGCAGCAUCACCAAGCUGCAGAUACCCGUCUACGACGACCCCAACGAGGACCUGUACAGCCACUUUGACCGCUGUGCCGACGCCAUCCAGAAGGAGGCGAACCGCGGCGGACGCAGCGUCGUCUACUGUAAGAACGGACGCAGCCGCUCGGCCACGAUCUGCAUCGCCUACCUGAUGAAGCACCGCAAACUGUCCCUGACAGACGCCUUACAGUCAAGACGGCUCGUCACGUGAUCGACCCGAACCCCGGCUUCAUGUCUCAGCUGCAGAGAUACGAAGAGGAGCUGAAGCGGAGACGAGGAAAGUCCUGAUCCUUCUUACAAAACUCAGAGUCCGCAGCUGAAAACAGAAGCAGUGCUGAAGCUUCUUCACCUCUGUCCUCCUCUUCUGCAGGACUUUACACGCCGUCACUUUAAUUAAGGCUUAGAUGAAUGAAUUAACCUCUAGAUUAUGGCCUGUUUUUAAAAAGAAGUCCCAACAAAUAUGUAUUGAACUUAUUUUAAUGUUAGGAUACUGAAGAUAUCCGAGUGUCUAAAAUGUGACCUGAUAAAAACAAUAUUUAAGGAAAGUUUUUAUUACAAAAACUGAACAAGUGGAGCUGAUGAGAAAAAGUAUAGAAAGUUUUAAAAUCAAGUCAAAUAACAUAAGAAGACAAAUUAACUAUAAAAUUUGAACUAAGCUGAAGUGAAGGUGGAACUGUUACCUCCUAAAUGUACUGAAUAUACACACUACAUGAUGUUCAUCUACAGAAAACGAGGCUCAUUUACUGUACGUAAUCACAAUAACAUUAUUUCUUUUAUAAACCUUUACUUUGUUACAAAACACUUAAAGAAAAAACAGACAGGACAACAUUUGUACCAAGUUUGUGGAAAAUAAAAGAUGAAGACAUCAAAAAGAGCGAAAAUGUGGUUUAUAUCUAAAAGUUCAAAAUAUGAACUAAGAAGUAUAUUUAUUAUCCAAUUAUCAGUUACGAUCUAUCAGGUUGCAGCUCACCGUUGGUUUCACUAUUGAUUACUUUGCAGCCAAUACUUCUAUUUAAAUUAAAAUAAAAUACUUUAAACCAUAAUUGGUAACAAAAUAGUAUAAAAACGGAUUAUUUUUAUGCUUGUCCUCUCAGUGGUUCACUAAUCAUAAGAAAAUCAAAAAGAAUGAUUAUUUUCUGUCUAAACACUCAGUUUUCUUUUCUUGUCCAAGUCUGAGCACACGUGGCUGCAGUCCCACCUUUUACCUCUAGGUGGAAUCACUUACACAGAAAAUAAUGCAGCCCCGUGAACACGUGACGAGUCAGGCUCCUCUUUAAUUUGAUCUGAAACAUUAAAAAAAUCCACAAAGAAGCUCAGGGAUGAUAAUAAACCGUGACGUGAGAUUUCGAUCUUCAUCAGCGUCUCUCUUGUGAACCUGAUUCAAUGAGAACUCACCUGGAUUUAAUUCUGACAGGAUGUAACCUUAGGAGGCUAUCUCACUGAUCCUAGGUCAGUUUCACUGUAGAGCAUGGAUGAUGUUACACUGAGAGUUUCAGUUAAGAUGUGAUAAUAUGGAGCUUUCCAGGUACUUAAGCCUCUCCUGUUAAAACUUGUUAAAUUCACACAAAACCUUUACAUUUAUUAUUUGUAAAAGAAUUAUUUCCCAGGAGGCUCCAAUUUAACUUCACCUGAGAUUUAAUUUGAAUUUAGGUUAACAUAUGCCAACGUGGAAUUGUUCAUUUAAAUAAGUGAAAAGCUGAAAUUUUCCAGAACAGAAAUCUUUAAACUUUUUAUGUUGUCAUAGUAAAGUCAAAGGUUGUUACAAGUUAGAGAUCUGAAAGCUUUUUAGUUUAAAUCACCUUAUAAAACUGAUAAUAAUGUCGAGAUCAAGUAACAGUUUAUAUUAAUAUUCUAUGAAUCAGCCUCUGAAUGAUACACGGGAAAAACAUUUUCCUGGACAUGAACAGGAAAGCAGCAUGUUCCUGGUCUUUUAUAUUUAAUUAAACAAAAAAACAAAAAGAAAGAAAGAAGAUUAAUUAUUAAUCUAAAAAAGCACAAAAUCUUGAAACUGGGCAUAAAAACAAAAGAACACAAACAAAAAUGUUUUGCCUUAAAGAGCCACUGAAUUAUUAAUUGUCAGUUUUUUUAAUGCUCCAUCAAAUGUCUUAAAGCUCUGUAAAUAUACAACAUAUUAAAUACUCAGGUUAAAAUAGUAGAAAAGAAACAAACAUAUUCAAGUACUUAUGUGGGAAACGAUCUGAAUUUGUAACAUUUUGGCAGCUUAUUAAGUCUGAACGAUCUCGUCAUGUAAAACAUGUAAGUCUGUGAAAUUCAGCAGUUUUAUAUGUUAAAUGUGUUCUGUGAGUUUUAAUGCUGCUUCUGGUUAAUAAUCAUCUUUUAAUAAACAAAACAAAAAACCUUGUGAAAAUCUUUGGUGUCUGCAGAGUCUUACUGUUGAUCUCAGGUGUGUCCUCCUUUUGAUGCUGCCAUUAGAAUCUAAAAGCAAUGAUUUUAUUUGCACAGAUAUUAUUUAAACCACCUGUGACCUCAGUAUUUAUUGUAAUGAGUCUAUAAUUAUAAAAGCAAACGGAUGUCUGUGUUAGCUAAAAGGUGUUACCAUAACAGGCGCUUAAAGAAAUAAUCCUGCCCUGCCUCUUUAAGACCAGGCUGCUGUAAACAAUCGUUUGUGAGAAAAUAAAAAUAAAGUUAAAUGUUGAU